CACAUACACAUAUGCACUUCAGGCCACUGAGGUUUGACAAUGAAAUAAUUUCCUUGUUCAAAGUUCAUUGUCACUGUUGUUUUGUUUUCUUGUCUUCUUCUCAGGGUCUCAAGCAGUGCCAAUAAUGACACAUAACCUGCGCACUUUGAUAUAUAUCCAUUCUAUGUGGAGAUAGUUCUGGCGGGGUGGUAUUUUGAAAGAAUACUCACUUACUGACCUUCCGGGCUUCCCUGAUACUGAUGUUACCAUGGCUGUUGAAUUGCUGUAUUCUUUUAACAGUGCAUCAUUGUGUCUCAUUCCCGCUCAAGGGUGUAAACAAGAUCACUUGCUGCUACUGUUGUGGGGGUAGUAACCGCUGCAGAAAAAAAGCUGCAUAUCUCCCCAUACUAUAAACUAUACUAACCCUGUCAUGAAGAAGUGUGGAUCCAUCUUGUUUCUUCCCCAGUCUGAGACCCAUUUCUUUCUUCUUUUCUUCUUUCUUUCUUCGCUCUCUUGUGCCGAAAGGCGGACUCUUCAGACAGGGAAUAUCUUUGUGAUUGAUAAUGAGGACUCUCACCAAUUUGCCAAGUAACUAAUAGAUGGGAAAAAGCAGCGGCAAAAAGCUCUCCCUCCAAAUCCCUCGGUAUGAAACUACCGUUGUUCUUCUACACCAUCAAUGAAUAAUAAUCUCUUUGUUUGCUCUCACAGACCAGCUCAUCCUUUUGAAUGCCAUUUUACUAGUAGCUCUCAUGGCUCCGCCCAUUGGGUGCUGUUGAUGGUUUGUUCACCGUGCAACCGUAACGAGCUGUCCGUUUGAUGCCCCAUCUCAGGCAACCAGGAACCCGGCUGGCUGCGGUGUGUCUGAUGCGGAAGGAUUUUGCCGCCAUUCAGUUUGAAGGUUUCGCCCCGGGCUGGGGCGCAGGUGAAAUCCCUGCCCCGCCUAACUAAUCGCAUUGCGUCGCUGAACGGCCGGGGGUCGAAGUUGAAACUUUCGCGCUUGGAUGACUGUUUUCCAGGAACAAGUCCUUCAUUAUUCGCUGAACCUCUACAGUGUGAGUGACAGAGGGCUCACGACUUUGUGUGUUCGAGGUGGCCUGGCGCAUUUCGGGCGAAAUUCUGGUGCGUCCACGUUUCACAAUUUCAACCGGAACCAACCAGUUGUUCCCUGUCGAGGUUGCUCGUCUGGGGCAGACCGGCAGCUUAUUACAAUUUACCAGCCGUCUGCGGCUGUGGCACUUCUAUGAAAGACCCGCUUUCGGGGGACGGGGACGGGGGGUGUUUUGUUCCCAAGGACAAAAAAUGUCACUUGAAACUCUCCAGUGCUACGGAGCAAGCAAAGUCCCUGCACUCCACGCUCCAUAACUCGCGAUUCGCCGGUUCGUUGGGCUACUAAGCAACAAGAAGGAUCAUCCCCGUCAUGUCCUUUAUGGCUUAGCCGGCUAAGUUAAACUGCAGAUCGUGGGGGCUGCGGAUGGGAUAAAUAUAGCUGGACCGGACCUCCUUAUUUCUUCCCAGUCACUUUUUCUGUUUAAUCAUUUCUUCCUCUUCCGUUACAUUGACUGCUUCUUUCUGCUUCCUCCUGCAUCCACUUUCUUCCUCUAUUCAAUUUCUUUUUCGUCAUUCACAUUUAAGCAGUUCAUAUAUCAAGAGCGCCUGGAGCACUUCUUCAUUUCUCUUCAUUUUCAACACUAAAAAUUUUUGAGUUUUUUUCUCCCUCCAUAUCCUGUUCGAACGAUCACUUCUUAAAAGUAAUCUAGACGUGCAUACACUGUCUCUGCCCACCAUGACCAAGCACAGCACCCCGAAUCCAUUUUUAAAGCUUGCAAUCGCAGCUUCCUUGAUCACCGCAGCUUUCUCAACUCCUUUAGAUCCCUCCAGGCUUGUGCCCAGAGGUGAUACGACAAACGUUCAAACCACUGCAGCUAAGCAGCUUGAUCUCGGGGGUGCCUUUGGCGGUUCAAUUGAAGGUGCCUCCGUCAAUAAGGCUGGCGAUGUAUUUGCGGUGGACUUCAGCGGAAAGGGCGCAACGACGACACCUACUUCCUUCGGCUUCUUUCACCAGGCAGAUGAUGGAGUGAGCGACGUUGCCGGUCAAGAUCCUAUAGUUAUUGCCAAAGGGGCAAAGGAUACCUUCCUUGCCGGCUCGCGAUUUGUUAAGAAAGGGAAAAAAGUACUUCUAGCAGAUGCCCAGAACAAACGCGUUAUGUCCGUGGACGUCGCAACCAAGAAGGUCUCCGUCUUUUGUGAAAACGCUGGGAUGCUCCAACCCAAUGACAUUGCCGUUUCCACCAAAAGAGACUGCUUGAUUUACCUCUCCGGCCAAAAGUACGAGACGGAUUCCAUUGCCGGCGAGCAUGGUGAUCUCUGGAUGUGUGAUGGCAAGAAAGCAACUCAGUUUAGCCCUGCAAUCCUCAAGAAGGCGGACAUCCAUCGCACAAACGGCAUCGAAGUGGACCCCAAGGGCAAAUUCCUCUAUCUCACUUCCGCCGCAAACGUCAAGGGUGAAGUCGUUAACCUCAAAGUCUUCAAGUUCGCCUUGGACAAGAAGACAGGUGCAAUACUCGAACAGGACCCAGUCGUCUUCCACGACUUCAGUCAUGCAGAGAAAGGUACAGAUCUCGAUGGCAUGCGCACAGAUGUUGAUGGCAACCUUUACGUUUCGCUCAACGCCGUGGGCAAAAUCGCCAAGCUUGACCCCAGCGGCAAGCUUCUACAAUACAUCACCACCCCCGGUGUCAAGGGACCCAGCAAUCUGGAGCUCGGUGGGGAGGACGGCAAGACUCUGUUCGCUGUUGGCAGAUGUGAGAAUGACCAGAAGGCUGGCUGUGCUGCCUCUAUUGGUGUUGAUAAACCUGGUAGAGCAUUCGCUUCGCUUAACGCCUGACUGGCCGACAAUAAUGGAGCAUCUCACUCUCUCUCACCACUGUCACCAACACCUUUGAUUUCUCUCCUUUCUUUUUGUUUGAGCAUUACGAUUGUUUUCGCAUGAAUGACGUUUUCCUUUUAGACUCAAUGGUCCUUUGCCUUUUUUCUUUUCUCUUCCCUUGUUCGCAUUGUUUAUGUGCUUAUUCUUUGGUGCUGCUGCCCUGAUCAAGAGUGGCUGGGGAAAUAAAUGAAUUAAAAAGGGAUCGGAGCAUUUUAGAAUAUUCAUUAUCGAAAUAAAAAUCAUUUUAAUUAGUAUCGUAACAACUGGGACACCAUCUGGAGACUUUGUAGAUUUGUCUUGGCAGUCG